UGAUCAAUAUGUAAAAACAUGGGUCGCAUUGUAAGUUAUGGGUCCUCCGUUAUGUGACGGGAGGGCAGCAUGCAGUGGAAAGGGCAUAUGACUGGACUGGUGUUCAGCAUCGUCUUCGUUGGAUCAUGUUUCACCAAUAAGUUUGUCUUGUCUGUUUUAAAGUUCACGUUUCCAACCUUAUUUCAAGGAUGGCAGACCUUAGUGGGAGCUGUGCUUCUUCUGCUGUCUGGGAGGCUUGGGUGGGUGGAGUUGACCCGCAUCUCCAGGUCUGCAGUUGUCUCCUGGCUCCCAGGGUCCCUCGUGUUCCUUGGCUCCAUCUACGCUGGCUCCCGGGCUUUAUCCCGCAUGGCCGUUCCUUAUUUCUUCACCGUCCAAAACGCCUCCCAUGUCGUCAGCUACCUUCUGCUGAGGGUCGUUCAUAGAGAGCAGAAGACUUCUUGGUCCAAGCUUUCAAGUAUGUGUAUCAUGUUUUUUUCUGCCAUCAACCUCCCUAUACACAAUCCUGGGUUUGAUUUGAAUACUUAUGGCUGGGCAGUUUGUCAUCUGGCUUGUGUUGGCGCGUACAGAGUGUUCCGAAUCCGUUUCAAAUCCAUCCAGCUAAGUGUCUUUGACCAGCAGUACAUUAACUACAUGUUCAGCAUCUGUCUGCUGGCCCUUGCUGCUCACCCCACUGGGGACCUGCUCGCUGCCUGGGAGUUUCCACUCCUUGCUUCCUAUACAUUUCAUUGGGGCUGCUGUGCCAGUGCCUUGCUGGGUUUUCUUCUGCUAUUGGCAACAGUAAAGCUUAAGAGUGGGUUGUCCCUGGAGGAGUCUAGGACCUGGACAUUCCUGUCCAAGCUGGCUGCUGUGACCCUCUCCCCCCUGGCCUUCCCCCUGGACCCUAACAUACCGUCCUUUGCCUGUGUGUUCUUCAGCCUUGUUGGGGAGGCCCUGUUGGUGUACUCAGAUAUGGAUACCAAAGCGUAAAGACAGCAGCAGAACCAAACGAGCCUUUUGAUGGCACUUGACACUCCGUCAUAUAUUUAUAUAUAUGAAAUUCUCUAUUUUUCUGAAAAAGUAUUUUUUAACUCAUGCCUUUUGAUGUGAAGAAAGAUCUUAUAUGUAUACUUGUUUCCUUACAUGGUGUGUAUGGUAGUUUGCUAUAGGAAAUGCAAUUUCUUUCCCUGUUGCAAUUUUUUUCCCUGUUUACCCAAAGUUUACCUUUAUAUUAUUCAAGAGCUUUUGAGCUUUAACGGGACUGAAAGUACAAUAUGAAUAAUGUCUACAUACUUUUAUGCAACUUAGAAAUUGAGAAAACGGGUCGAGGGGAAAAGUAAUCGAACGUUACUAGUAUUAGGUUAUUCCUAGUUUUAUCGUUCAACAAAUUAGCAGCGUCUUCGACAAUCUCUAGUCCCUGAAUCCAGCUAUGUUGUUAGCCCGCUGGUUCUUGGCAUGUUCAUUUUAUUGGACACAAAACCAAUACUGUAUUGACCAAUGUGCUGACAAAACGCCUUAUUUCAACUGCAUUGGGCAGAAGGGAGCCGAUGAAUACAAUUGAAAUGAACGUAAAGCCAGUGUUGAGUGCUCGCUUUGUAUAAAGGAGUUGAUGCUAGCUGGGUGUAAUUUGAGCUGAAGCAUUGAACUGCACCUUAACACCUUAAUGUUUAUUAUGCCUACUUAUGAAAAAGGGGACUUGUUUUUUUUCCCAUUGACCCUGUGCUGUAAAAUAAUGACUUCAUAUUUGUUGUCUACAAAGAGCCAUUACAUUUGAAAGGGAAAUUCUUCUGUAAACUGAAAUAAAUUAUGUAAAACAUUG